ACGACAUUUCGACCUUCAAGUGCUCAGUAACCUCCGACAAUGGUCAAUGACACUGGCUUGUUGCCGUGAUCGCUUUGCACGUUGACAGUCAAUAAGAACACACAAUGUCUCUCGUCGUUGUCGGUGAUGAAACCGAACUCCGAAGGUUGAUAAAAAAUGAGCGAAAAUUAGUAGUUUUCUUCUCAUUACCUAAUGUGCCUCAAUGCGAUCAAGUACAUAAUGCCCUGAAAACACUUAAGGAAGAUACAGUGAACUCAGAAAUUUUGUUCGUCUAUGUGGAUGCGGAAGCCGUUUCUGAGGUUUCAAAACAACUGAAAAUAAUUUCUGUUCCUACAGUUUUAUUCUUUCAGUCAGGUGAGGAAAUCAAUCGCGUUCAUGGUGCAUCUAUUCCUGAUGUUACAAAAUCUGUCAUGAAUUUGCAAUCAGCACCUGCUAAUGGUUCAUCCAAUGAUCUUUCAUCACGUCUUCACUCUUUAAUUAAUAAGGCACCUGUCAUGCUUUUUAUGAAGGGUAGCCCCGAAGAACCCCGAUGUGGAUUUAGUCGCCAGAUCGUCAGUAUUUUGCGUUCUAAUAAUGCUAAGUUUGAAACAUUUGACAUCCUACAAGACGAAGCGGUUCGACAAGGUUUAAAAUUGUGAUUUUUUUAUUAGUUUAAUGUGUGAAGUCGUUUUGUAGUAUUUUGAACUUCACUUGUCUUCCCAGUACCAGCACUUAUAUUUCCAAAUAAAUCUCACUUUUUUGUCGUUAACAGAUAAGUAGCAAGUACCUAAAUGUAUUUGUUUAUUUUAUCUGACUUCAUACAUUCUGAGCACACAGUGAUUAACUGUUACCACAAACACUUCAACCACUGUUUAUGCACAUAAGAAUUAUAUCAUCUGAAGGAAUGUUCACUGAAAUAUUUUAGGUCGUAGUUCUAUGGGUAUAGUACGUGAUAUGUUUACUGAACGUACGAAGUUUCAUUUUUAUCGGUGCUGGAGCUUGUGAGUUGGGCUAAUCCUUUUCGAGUUGUUGCUUAAAAUGAGCAUUUCAAGAAUAAUACACCAAUCAACUGCUUUACCUACAGUUGGUUGUACAUAUACGUUUUGCGAAAGUUAUAAAUGUUUAGUGGGAGAGGUAUUUAACUAGGUUAAUAAACCGUAUCUAGUGUGGGACUUAUAGUAGUUCAAGAUUGAAAAUUUUGUCUAGAUAUCGAUUAAGACGUGAUUUUUGGAACCACGGAUAAAGCUUUUGGAUGAAAUUUCAUGUAAGUUUAGUUAAAUAGGUCAGUCUCUCGACUUUCGGUUAUGUCACAAGUUUAAACCUCAUCCUAUCAAGUGCGACUGAAACCUGGAUUUGUAUUCCCAUACCUGAGUCACCAAUACUUCAUUAUUUCUCUAACUAUAUCAACUUACUUUUGCAAUUCAAACUUCGGUUGUGAAAAUUUACAGCUUAAUUCGUUGGUAACUUGACAGAAGUUCUUAUUUGUUUAAACGCCCCCAAAUGCCCUGGUACGGCCGAGAGUGGGGAGAGUCCGCUCUCCCUCUCGAAAUGCUCUCACAUGGCCACGCGUACAUAGACCCUGCCAGGAAAGUCCUACUCACUGCCUUCACGUGGCGAGGGUGUUGUUUACAAAAAUGAGAGGACGAAAAGCGAAUGUCCGGCGCUUUAACCGGACCCCAAACCAAUGGUGCACAUGGGCUCCAGUAUCCUGCGGGAACAAAUGGCGUAUGAACCAAUCGUUGGUCACCGGCUACCAUGGGAC